AAUAGGUAAAUCAGUUACAGUUUAACUGUGGUCUGAAACAUACGUGGUGCCAAGAUGUUUAAAUCAAUUGUUUUCUGUGCUUUAAUUAUUGUUGCAUCCCACGCCGAUGUUCUAAAGAAGAGAGACAGCAAAGGAGCUAGUCUGAAACCAUUAUCAGUAUGCUGUGAUAUACCUGAGUUGGGAGAUCCGAAAAAUUUGGAGAAAUGCUCCAACCCUAAAAUGCCUGGUCCGUGUGAUGACAUCCAAUGCAUCUUCGAAGCAUCAGGUUUCUUAAUCGACAGAAACACAUUGAACGCGGAUGCCUACAAGAACCACUUGAUGAAAUGGCAAGAGGAGCAUAAACCUUGGAAGGUGGCUGUAGACAGAGCUAUCGAGGAGUGUGCUAACAACCAGACGAGGCAGUACCUGGACUUUCCUUGCAAGGCCUAUGAUGUAUUCACUUGUACUGGCAUCGCUAUGUUGAAGAAAUGUCCUGAAGCAGCAUGGAAAUGUUAACAGUGCUGUAAAUAUGUAUAUUAUAAUGUAAAUAAGUACUUUUAAUUUUCUCUGUGUGUGUUUUCACUGGCAUUGUUUGUACAAUGUACGUAUAAGGUAUUCAUUUUAAAUUGAUUAAAUUUUUUGAGCUUUUGAA